AUGCCUCUCAAACUGAGGUCUGAGUAUAUCACUGACUCAGAAACUUCCUCCUUCGAAGACGAGACAGUACAGCCUUCACCGAAGCGCAGGCGCAUAUCCAACGAUGAUGUGGAACACACCGAGGACAUAGCUACCGGUGGUUAUACAGCCCCAUCGAGGAUCAAAUCAGUGCAAGUGCCUAAGAAUACUGAAGAGUUGCUAGGGGCCAAUGAGACCGCUGACCAAGGAUUGUCUACUGGUCUAUCUGUGAAGACAACAACCACCGACUUCAAUGCCGUAAAUGUUGCGCCGUGGCUCGUACACUCCCUAAAGACGAUGCAGAUACAUCACCCGACAGAGAUUCAAAGAUCUUGUAUACCUGAGAUCUUGAAAGGAAGAGACUGCAUCGGAGGUUCAAGAACGGGUACGGGCAAGACAGUGGCAUUUGCGGUACCGAUACUGCAGAAGUGGUCUCAAGAUCCGCAUGGCAUAUACGCCGUCGUACUUACGCCGACAAGGGAGCUUGCCCUUCAGAUAUACGAGCAAUUUACUGCGCUCGGAGCUCCCCAAGCACUCAAGACUGUACUAGUGACUGGUGGCACGGACAUGCAAGCACAAGCCCAGGCACUAAGAAGAAGGCCGCAUGUGGUCAUAGCCACACCUGGCCGACUUGCAGACCAUAUAGAGACAUCGGGUGAAGAAACAGUCCGCGGCCUAAGAAGAGUGAAAGUUGUCGUAUUUGAUGAGGCUGAUCGACUGCUUUCAGCGUCAGCAGGCAUGCUACCAGAUAUUGGUACUUGCCUAUCUAGUUUGCCUCCAUCUAGUGAACGGCUGACAUUACUCUUCACGGCUACAGUUACUCCUGAGGUGCGGGCACUGAAGGACCAACCUCGACCGAAAGAUCGACCGCCACUCUUCGUAUCUGAGAUCAGAGACCAAACAGAUACCCCAAGCGCUAAUGGAACAGCUCUCGUCCCAAGUAAGCUGAAGCAGACCUACCUGCAAGUCCCACCACAACACAAGGAUGCAUUCGUCUACAUCCUCCUUUUACACCUCCUCACGGCAGACAGCCAAAAGUCAACCUCAACACCAAACCAAGUCAUCAUUUUCACCAAUCGCACCCAGACAGCAGAUAUGCUUCACCGUACGUUACACAAACUUCUCGCGAUUACCUACCAGUCCGCUGAUCCAUCCCACGCGUUAAUCAAUCACCUCAAACCAACAACCGUGACAUCCCUAAGCUCAGCACUUCCGCAAUCUCAACGCACUUCCAACCUCGCGUCUUUCCGCGCAAGUACAGCGCGAGCUUUGAUAUCUACAGAUCUCUCCUCCAGAGGUCUCGACAUACCAACAUGCACGCACGUCAUCAACUUCGACGUCCCUCGCGAUCCUGUUGAUUAUGUUCAUCGCGUUGGAAGAACGGCACGUGCUGGCCGCUCUGGUACUUCGGUCACUUUCGUCAGUCCUCGAGACGUGGAGCUAGUUUUGGCUGUUGAGGAUUACCUCGGAGAAAAGAUGAGUGAGUGGAAGAGCGAAGGCGAGGAGGUGGUUAAUGUUGAGACGAGGGUUGUGAGGGGUCGGACUCUGAAGGAUGUGGGUGAAUGUAGGAUGGAGGCGUUACGAGAGAUUGAGAGUGGCAAGGAUGUGAAGGGGUAUAGAGGCAAGAUAAGGAAAAAGAGGUAG